AAAAUAUUUUGGUUAAAAAUGAAUAUUCCAGAUCUUCCUAAUAAAUAAAUUGCUCUAUAAAUGCAAAAAGUAUUAGUUGAUAAUAAUUAGCGCUAUUUAAUUUAUAUCAAUACUAGAAACAUAGGUCGAAAAUUUUUAAUUUACAAAUAAUUAAUUGAUUUUAAUCACAAUACCCCAAAAAUUGAUAAAGUUUUAGAUGAUCAAAUAAUUGGAGAUUAGGAGGAUGCAAGACUUUAAGGUGAAAAUUAUCUUCUAUUUCAAGGUUAAUUAAUAGAAGACAUAGAAUAUAUCAAGUAAGCUGUCAAACAUUUUAUUUUGAUACCUAAUAAAGGUAUAAAUAAUAAUUAAUUCGAAUCAAGCUUAGACUUUAAUCAAAUAGAAUAGGUUAGAGGAAGCUUUGAUGGUAAUAGAUGAAGAUAUUAAAGAAAAUCCUAAUGAUCCAAGAAAUUAUGAAGAAAAAGGUAGGUGUUAUGAAUUAAUAAAUUGCAGCAAAUGUUCUAUUGUUAAUGAAUCGACUAGUAGAAGCGCUUGAAUUUGCAGAAAAAGCAAUCAAAUUGGACUCUUAGAAUGAAAAUAAUUAUGCAAGAAAAGGUUAAAUUUAAUUUAUUAUAUUUAUAGCUUUCACAUUACUAUAGUUAAAGAGAGGCGAAGAAGCUUUAGAUUAUUUCAAUAUCGCUAUUCAAAAAGCACCUAAUUCUUCUUAAUACUAUGUUGGAAAAGGUAAGUUUUUGGGUAAACAUUAGCUCAUGCGUUAUUGCAUUUGAAUAGAUUUGAAGAAUGCUAGGCUAGUUAUGAUAUUGCAAUAUCGAAGAGCAAAGAUAAGUCAGAAUUAUAUGCCGAAAAAGGUGAUUAUAAGAAUUUAUAAUAUUAAAGCUAAUGCACUAAGAUUAUAAAACAAACUAAAAGAAGCUUUGAUUUAUUAUGACAAGGCUAUAGAUCUUGAUUCAUUCUAACCUAGUUUUCAUUCAGGAAAAGGUUAAAUUUACCUUUCAAAAAUUAGCUCAUACUUUACAAUAAAUGAACCGGUUUGAAGAUGCGCUUAGUGAAUGGUAAAAAGCAAUUGAUUUAGAUCCUUCACAUUCUAAUUUUUAUUCUGGAAGAGGCUUAAAUUAAUAAUUAUAUAAUUAGCUUAUACUUUAAGAUAAUUAAAUCGAAAUGAAGAAGCAGUCCUAUCUUAUGACCUAGCUAUCUAAAGGAACCCUGAGAACUAUGAGCAUUAUUCAGGAAAAGGUUGGAUUUAAAAUAAUGAAUUUAAGCAUAUUCCUUAAGAUAAUUGCUUAGGAAUUUAGAAGCAAUAGAUUGCUUUGAUAGCGCAAUUAACAUAAAUCCUGAUGAUGCCUAUUUGUAUGCCCAAAAAGGUUAAUCGAUUAUUAAUAAUAUAAGGAAUAACUUUAAGGGAGAUGCAUCGCUAUACAGAAGCUUUGAUAUGUUUUUAAUAGGCUAUUUAAAAGAACCCAGAAGAUUAUGAGUACUUUAUUCAUAAAGGUAUGUUGACAACAGUUUAGUUUAGGCGACACUUUUCGAGUUUUGAAUAGACCUAUUGACGCUUUGGAAUGUUAUCAUUAGGCGAUUUCGAUGUGCCCCUAAGAUGAAAAAACAUAUGAAGCAAAAGGUAAACUUAUUAUAACUUUUAUAUAGCGCAAGCAUUACGACUUCAGAGCAGGCAUAAAGAAGCUUUGGAAUAUUUUGAUAAAGCAAUUGAAAUAAAUCCUUCGAAAUGGGUUUUAUACUCAGGGAAAGGUUUAUAUUAAUUAAUUAAAAUUAGGUGAUACAUUAAGAGAUAUGAAUCGUUAUGAAGAUUCUUUGAAAUAUUUUGAUUUAGCAAUUCAACAUAACCCAGAAGACUCAUUCUAAUAUGGAGCAAAAGGCACACAUUGAAUAAUAUAAUAA